AUGCACUGCCAGGAGGCUACUGUGCGGCCCCAGGAACUUAUUGGCACCCAGGAACCUCACUGGGUGCUCCCGGAGACGGCCUUCUUGUCCAACCUGAAGGUGGUGGGGUUAAUACUCCAGAAUUCGGAACAGAUGAAUUCAGCGCAGGGAUUAUUGCUGGUCGGGUUACUCUCUGUGAAACAUGACCCUGUGAAGCAAGUUAAUGGUGCACUCAGUCGAGCACUCUAUCCAGGCGAAUUGAAACUUCUUGUCUAA